AUGAAGGCAUCCAUCGUUCUCGCCCUUGCGGUCCUUGUCAUUGCAGCUGCUGCUGCCCCUGCCGAUAACGAUAAGGGAGCCGAAGACCUGAAGAAGAAGCUGAUAAAGCAAAUAGGCGAGACACGUCGCUUCUUCAGAGAGGAUCCUCUGGGUCAAAAGAUAAUUGAUCACUUCCAAGAAUUGGUCAGUAUUUGCAAGGAAAUCAGAUUGCGAAUAAGGAAAGGCCUUGGAGAAUACCUGAAGAAUCUUGAAAAGGACUAA